CGCUCCUCGGCCAAUAUAAAUCAGAGCACACUCUCAGCCAUUCGCUCUCUCACUAUCUUUCGUCGCGAAGACUUCAGAAAACCCUAAGGAUGUCUGGGGCGUACGGUCACGAGGGCGAAGAACCUGCCGCUCCUCCUAACGGCGGAGCCUAUGGAUCUAGCGCUGGUGGCGGAGGUUAUGCCGGCGGUGGGGCGUAUGGAUCUGGUGGAGGCGGAGGCUAUGGUGGAACAGGUGGCGGAGGAUAUGGAGGUGGGGCUGGCAGGGGUUUUGGGGAUGGCGCUUCCGGAGGGUACGGAGGCUCAGGUUACGGAGAUAGCGGCGGCGGAGGAUACGGUGGUAGCGGCGGCGUAGGCGGAGGAUACGGUGGUGGUAGCGGUGGAGGCGGAGGAUACGGUGGUGGUACAGGCGGCGGAGGGUACGGCGGUCGCGGCGGCGGCGGUCGAGGUGGAGGCUACGGUGGCGGUGGCGGUGGCGGUGGCGGUGGCGGUAGAGGAGGAGGAUACGGUGGCAAUUCACAGAAUAGAGGUGGGGGUGGUGGUGGAUAUCAAGGAGAUCGCGGUGGGCGAGGCGGAGGUGGUGGAGGCGGCGGCAGAGGAGGUGGCCGUGGUGGCAGUGGCAGAGAAGGUGAUUGGCGUUGCCCUAACCCAAGCUGUGGGAAUUUGAACUUUGCAAGAAGAGUUGAGUGUAACAAAUGUGGUACACCCUCUCCUGCGGGUGCUGGCGACCGUGGCGGAAACAGUGGUGGCAGUGGAUAUAACAGAGGAGGGGGUGGUGGGGAGUACGGUGGUAAUCGUGGGGGUAGAAGUGGAAAUUAUGAUAGUGGAAGUGGUGGAGGCAGUAGAGGGGGUGGUUCUUAUGGUAGUCAGGGCAGAGAUGACUCAGCUUAUGGUCAGGUUCCUCCAUCUGGCCCUCCAUCUUAUGGUGGUUCUGGUGGAAAUUAUCCACCACCGCCAAGCUCAUAUGGUGGGAACCCAAAUUACGGAAUAGAUGCGGUUCCUCCUCCGGCAAGCUAUACUGGUGGCCCCACAUCAUAUCCUCCUUCAUAUGGGGGACCUGCUAGUGCUUAUGGUGGUGAUGGUCUAGGGGAUGCACGCAGUGGUGGUCGAGGUGCCCCAUCGGUUGGAUAUGAUGGUGGAUACGGUGGUGGUGGUCCUCCUCGGCAUUCAGGUGGUUACAGUGGUGCUCCUGUUGAGGCAGCUGUUAAGGUGAAGCAAUGCGAUGAUAAUUGUGGGGAUUCAUGUGACAACUCGAGAAUUUACAUAUCAAAUUUGCCACCAGAUGUGACUACUGACGAACUGAGGGAGCUUUUUGGAGGCAUUGGACAAGUUGGAAGAAUCAAGCAGAAGAGGGGAUAUAAGGAUCAAUGGCCCUGGAAUAUAAAAUUAUACACAGAUGAAUCUGGAAACAACAAAGGGGAUGCUGUUCUGUCCUAUGAAGAUCCAUCUGCUGCACAUUCAGCCGGCGGUUUUUACAACAAUUAUGAUCUGAGGGGAUAUAGAAUCAAUGUAGCUAUGGCCGAGAAGUCUGCACCAAAGCCACCUGCUUAUGGGCAUGGGGGCGGUGGAAGAGGUGGCUAUGGGGGCGGUGGGGACAGGCGCAGAGACAAUUACAGAGAUGGGGGAGGAUCUGGUCCAGAUAGACAUUAUCAUGGUGGAAACCGUUCGCGUCCGUAUUGAGAUUACUUCAGCACUGAGGACAUUUUAUGUACUAAGAAUGUAGGGGUCGGAGGGGUUUAAUUAUAAAUUCCAUUCGCUGGUUUGGUUCUUGAACUCGGAGGCAGAGGUAGGUUGUUCGCUUAAUCUGAGCAAGGACCCCUUUCCUCUAUUUUACUUUGGUAGAAACUAGAGGGCUUUUUUAAAAUCUUGAGCAUGGGAUUGAUUUUGAAACCGUGUGAAUGUUUUUAUAGAGGCAAGUGGAUAUUCUCCAAAUUGCUGCUAAGGUAGGUUGAUAAUUUCAGGUGAGUGCUGCUCUUUCAAGAACAUGCAUUUAUCCUUUUUUUUUUUUUUUUGGUUAUAAUAGGGGUUGUUACAUAUCUGCUUUGUGCUUGAUACUUUCACCUUGCAAUGAUGAGAAUAAUAAAUGUAUUUGAGGUCA